UAAAGUUUACAAUAUACCUUAAAAAAGAAUAUUUACGCUAUUUAAAAACUUUAUGUUGCCACUUCCUAUUUCCAUGACUUUUUGAGAAAGCGGAAAUGGUUGGUCCGCCAUAAUCAUUCGUGUGGGUCUGUGCUUGUGUGGUUUGGGUGUCUUUACCGGUGCCAACCAUUAUUUUUAAUUAGUAGUAAGUUAUGCGUAUGAAUCCAGACAUGGACGAUGAUGAGAAGGGAAAAUUGUUCGUCGGUGGUCUCUCAUGGGAGACGUCCCAGGAAAACCUGCAGCGGUACUUCUCGCGCUACGGCGACGUGAUCGACUGCGUGGUGAUGAAGAACAGCGAGUCGGGCCGCUCCAGGGGCUUCGGCUUCGUCACCUUCGCCGAGCCGUCGCUCGUGAACGUGGUGCUGCAGAACGGGCCGCAUCAGCUAGACGGCAGAACCAUCGACCCGAAGCCGUGCAACCCGCGCACGCUGCAGAAGCCGAAGCGCGGCGGCGGCUACCCGAAGGUGUUCCUCGGCGGGCUGCCGUCCAACGUCACCGAGACCGACCUGAGGGUGUUCUUCGGACGCUACGGGAAGGUCAUGGAGGUGGUCAUCAUGUACGAUCAGGAGAAAAAGAAGUCUCGAGGCUUCGGCUUCCUGUCGUUUGAGGACGAGAUCUCCGUCGAGAGGGUCACUCAAGAGCACUUCAUCAACCUCAACGGGAAGCAGGUGGAGAUCAAGCGCGCGGAGCCGCGCGACGGGUCGGGCAAGCUCGGCUCGGGCGGCGGCGGCAUGGGCGGCGCCGCCAUGGCCGCGCCCGGCGACGCGCCGCAGGCCGGCCAGUGGGGGCCGCCCGCCGGCGCGCCCAUGAACAUGAUCCAGGGGCACAACGGACAGAUGGGCGGGCCCCCCAUCAACAUGCCCAUGGCCGGCCCCAACAUCAUGCAAGGGUACGAGUACCAGAACUGGGGCACGUCGCCGGGACAGACGUCGUACGGCGGGUACGGCGCGGGCGGCGCGGGCGCAGGUCCGGGCAACUUCCAGGCGUGGGGCGCGCCCCCCGCGCCGCAGGCGCCGCCGCACGCGCCCGCCUGGCCCGCCACCAACAACUACACGCAGCACACGCAGCCGCCCGCGCAGGGCUACGGCAGCUACGCUAACUACAGCUCGGGCCCGGCCGGCGCCUCGGCCGGCGGCAGCUGGACCAACUGGAACAUGCCGCAGAACUCCAACUCUACCGGUUCCGGUUCGUACGUGCCGCUGUCGGAGGGCGGCGAGAUGUACGGGCGCGGCGCGGGCGGCGGCACCCCGGCCGCGCCGCUCACCACCGCGCUCUCCUCCGCCGCGCUCUCCAAGUCCUCCUCCGCGGACUACUCCGCCUACCAGCAGUACCCGCCCGCCUACCAGCAGGACCAGUUGGUCGAUCAGGGCCCACAAGAGUGGCUCCUCCAGAAAGACAAUUAGAGAUAAGGGCGGGUAUCGGAUGAGGGAAUGUCGCGAAACGCUGGGGAUUUCUCACUAUGGACGGUUCCGUUGUCGCGACGAUAGAGCGCGCUCAUCAAAAAGGCAUCGCAUCGCACUAGUUAUAAGCUUACCCUUAGUUCAGUCGAUGAUCAUAUUGCAUAUUUUGUGGCCGUGCGAGAUGAUACAACACCAUUGUUUCAUCUCACUUGUAAAUUGGCAUUUAAAGUACAAAUUAGUAAAAUUUGGAUUUUCUCAUAUUGUUACAGGUUCAUUCAUAGUUAACUUAAUCUAUAAAAUAAUAUUAAGAGCUGUACUUUAAGUGUUCAGAGAUGAAAUUUUUUCUAUUCCGUUAAAUGUAAAACAGAUGAAAAAAAAAAUACUAUUUUUAAAAAAUGUGUCACGGAUAUAAUGAUGGAGGCUGAAUGUGGCGUCGGUGGCCCGUUGGCUCGCGUGUACUCGUGACACAUUGGUGUCCAUGACUUGACUGACGCUGUGGCGGUAGGGCUCGUCGUACGGCGGCGGCGCGUCGCGGUACGGCGCCGGCACGGAGUACCACGGCUCGCAGCCCGCCGCCCAGCCGCCAGGUGUGCACGCGCAUCCGCAUCACGCGCCCAAACACUUCAACGCCAACGACUUUAACAAGGAGUGGCCCGCCGCCUAGAGCCGCGGCCGCCGGACCAGCGACCCCCACUACUGAUACUACUGAUACACUGAUACUCCGUUUGACGCUUCCCUUCGACCAGACAAAAAAUCGCAUUCUCCUUAAAUACUAGUUGUAGCGAUUUUGCUUACACUUAACAGACAAACGAGUGCGCGUUCGAAUGAUUACACGUUACGACGGUUGCAAACGAUCGACACUAUUUUAUAUCGAUUAUUUAGUCUACGUAAUCCGCGACUAAACAUAAUAGGGACGGAAUAUUAGUUACGUGUAUGUCAAUUUGUGUUCAUAAUGUAUGUCCUUGGAUAAUCAGCGAAUGUAGGCAAUGUUCUAAUGAUAUUGUUUGUCAAAAUGCAACUUUAUUAUCGUGGUAGUUUUGAAAUUAAAUGUUAAAGUAAUUAAUGAUUAAUCAUUGAGCGAGUGGGCCAGCGAUCACGCUUAGUGUAAUGUAAGUUUAAAACAAUGCAAAACAAAAUUAACUAACUCUACACGCUGAUUGUUUAGUAUGUAGACGCAUGGAAACAAAGUGACUGCAUUAACACAAACCCACACGCGUAAAUAAGCAUUAAUUUUUAAUAGUUAAAAUUUAUAAAAUUACGAAAACGCACCGGCUUUUAGGUGUUUUUAACUCUUGCGCUUUUCUACUAAUUUAUUACAAAUUUCUCCCCUGUAUGACGAUUUUGGCACUCUGCCGUCUCUGAACGCUAUUUAAUUUUAAGAACGGAUAUUAAAUCACUCGAUAUGGAUGCAAUCGGCGCAUCCGUUUAGUAGUACGACGUCCGACCAGGAGAUUUCGCGACCCCUCUUAAGCUGAAGGACGCUGUAAUACACUCGUGUACGCACGUACACACAUUUUUUUAAUUAACUUUGCUUUUAAUAUUCUAUUUGGAUGUGGGCUUUUUGUGAAAGAUUAAUUUUACUCGGAGUGUAUAUCGUUUUUUUUUGUUUAAUUUUUCCUUUGGGAGUUUUAAAUUGAUUUCUUUUAAUGAUGUCAUUGCUAAGGUUACAUGAGAUCUCACGAUUGGGUGUAGUGAUGUCGGUUAGGAGACAGGCCGCGGCGGCUGCAGGCGGCUGCAGGCGGCUGCAGGCACGCACGCGCGCACGCUCGCCCGCACGCUCGCCCGCACGCUCGCCCGCACGCUCGCCCGCACGCUCGCCCGCACGCACGCUCGCACGCACGCGUCACGCACAUUUGACAGACACUGUUAAACAAGGCCAAUUUAGGGAAAAUUACCUAAAAGAACUUAACUUAAGCUAAUAACUUGUAUAAAUAUUUGGUAUAUAUAUCGGUAUGUAUGUUUAAUAUUAGAAUUUUGGUUAUUUAACACCCACUAGAGUUAGGAAACGGUAGACAUGUAAUCAAAUAAUUAUGUGUUAAUAUUUAACAAAUCAUAGUAGGACUGAACGUGGUAAUAAUAUUUUUAAUUUUAUCCCACAUUAAAAAGGGAGCAAAUCUGUAUAAAUAUUUGUAAUUUUAAUUUUUUUUCUAAUAUGCAUUUUAGUUUAUCGCAAUUCUUAAGUUGGUUAUUGUAAUGGAAUUUAUACGUUAAUAAAUUAAAUUUACCUGCCAAAUUGUUAACGAGCAAACUAUAUCGUCGAGUAUGUGUUAAGUAAUUGAAGCUCAAGCAUUUAGGAUAUAGAGUCGGCACUGCGAUGCACCCCUCGACUACCGCCGACGUGUAUAUACUUACUUGUGUGUAAAGCAUAAUUUUAAUAGAUCCUCUCGUCAUAUAGUUUUAAAGUUUUAAUUUAUAUGAUUGCCAAAUAUUUUUAAAACUGUAUAGAGCAGUGAGGUACGAAGCACGUUAGCGGUUACGGACGGCCAGCGUGCCGCGGCCCGGCGCCCGGUCGCCCCGCCCUUCCCUCACAAAGUGAGCUAUAAUUUAAAUAACAUUGUUAGAUUAAAUUUAAUGUUAGUCCUUUACUGUACUAUAUCGCUCAAUCGUUUGACCGAUCGACUGAUUAAAAUUUUAGUGGUAAGCUAAGUAAUUAAUCGGGGAGAGAGGGACUCGGACCGGGCGACGCGCCGCGGCUGCACCAUUAUUUGUUGUAUAAUUAAUUAUCGUUAGAGUUUACGAAAGUACGGAUAGACUGUGGCGCCCGCGCCGUGGCGUUGUUCCUUUAAUUUUAAAUAAAUAGACGCGCGCCGCCGCGCUCGCUAAGAUUUGUUAUAAAUGUUUUAAAUAGACAAAUUGUUGAUUAUUACAUGAAUGCAUAAUUUGAUCGUUUAGAAUAGGGUUAUUUAAGAUCGCUCCAUAAGUAAAGUAUAAUUUAUCUAUUGAAGAAUAUUGUGACGUGGUAAUAAGCAAAUUUAUAAGUGACGCGGUACGGAACGAGGGGUGCGGUGUCCCAAAUUAACGGUAUAAAACAUAGCGAAACGCCUUUACAUUGUGAUGUUGAUAGUUAACGCGCAUAUUGAUACAUUUCUUAUAGCUGUAUAUGUAACAGACGACUGACUGAGACGCGAUCCGUGUGUGAGAUCAGUGCGUUGUGCCUGGUACAUUAUCGUGUAGUUGCGACGCUUCGUGCCGCUUGUUCUCUUCGUUCCUAUGUUAGUUAGGUUAAUUUGUCUCGAGCAUUCCGCUUUUGUUUUCAGCGGCGGCGUGUUACCGCGGCCGCUUUAUUCCUCCCCCCCCCCUAUUUUUCGCCCUCUAGCCUUCGCCACCCCCCUGUCCAACGCGCCGUUCGGUUCGCAUAGUAUUCAAGUGUACACCGUUCAGUUUUCAUCGUGUUCUUAUGAUAUUACUUACUGUAGGAUUAAAUUUACAACCACCGAUGAUAUGAACGUGAAUUGUUCACACCUGUUUUUUAAUAUUAGGAAACGAUGCCUUAAAAAAGUUAAGUGAAUAUAUAGAUGAUUUAUAUUAUGUUAUUUUCAGUGAUUAUUGUGUAGCACUAAGCACUAAGGCGUUAGAACUGGGUUCGUACCCUGCAUCCACAAACAUAUGGAACAAUUUUUAAGAACUUAGUUUGUAAUGAACCAACGUGGCAAUCUUAUAAUAAUGAAUAUAAUUUAUUUAAAAUAAAAGUAUAAUAUGUAUUAGAAAUUUUAGAUUUACUCAACAUUAAACUUAGUGCAAAUUAUUAUGAGAAAAAAAAAAAUCAAUUGAUACUAUUUAUAUGGGUUUUUAAUUAUUAUUAUAUAGGAGAAGCAUUAAAAUAUUCGAUGAAUUUAUUAAUUAAAAAUAGUUAGCAAAAUACAAAUACGGUAAGAACUCGUUAGAGGCUCGUCUGUCAAAUGUGGUAGUCCCUCGUGUGUGUCGCGUUGCGCUGCGUGUCCACCGCGGCUUCUUAGGUAACCCCCCGGAACCCUCCCUGUCCUCAAGUCCCGUAGUUCCUAGCUCCCGCACCUUUCCCCACUCACGGAUGGCCCUACAGGCAUAUUAUAUAUAGUUGUAUUUACCAUAUGUAAUGAGUAUAAUAUUACUGUAAUUUUUCGUACAUACGAGUAGCUAAAUAACACAACUUGACUUCCCUCUCACCGGCACGGUGAUGAAACAAAUAUGUUAUACAUUAUAAUAUGCGCACCGUGAGUGAAACACGUUGUCCCUUGCAUUUUGAAUAUUACACUGAGUAAUAUCGACAUAAGAUAUAAUACUGUAUCUUAAAAAAAAAAAAAAAAAAUGUUAAUGAAAUAUUUUAAUCAUGGCUUAACUGUAGUAAUGUUGUGUAGUUAACAUUUCGACUCUUGUUUGUAUUACUUUAUAUAAUAGUGUACGCGGUUUUAUAUGUGUAUGUUUAUUCAUUAGAAUAUAAAGGAAACAUAAUUGUGUAAAAGUGUAUUUUUGGUAUAUGAUAACUAACAUAGCCGCAGAUUGCACGGCGUGCCGUGCUCCAUAUUCAUAUUAAUAAUAUAUUUAUGAUCGUAAUUGACUAAUUAUAUCUUCAACUACCCUAGUGUUAACUUUAGAUUAACGGACGUGUUUUUAAGUUCACAUUUACACUUGAUACGAUAUAAAUAAAUAAAUAAAUGAUUUGCAUUUAACACGCGACGGCCGCCGGCCGACGGUCGAUUUCUACUGUAGUGUUUGCUAAACUUAUUUUAAAAUCAAUGCAGGUGUAAUUAAAUUUAAAAUAAAUAAAACCUCAUUUUUAUACUAGAAUAUAAUAUAAAUGUAAUUAUGGUGUCCCGAAUGUAACAGAUUACGCGGGCUUUACAAUUAAUCAUAACAUUAAUUAUAAUGAGAAACUAGGGAAAGUUGUUAUUUAUUUCAGUUUUAAUUAAAAUAAAAUAAAAAAAUUGAUGUUGAUUAUUUUUUAAACUAUAGUAUAUAUAAAUAUACGUUUAAUUUCUUUGUAGUUGAUAAAGUACAUAACUCUCGAUUGAUUAGAUUACAAAAUUGUUAGGUGUCACGUAUCGACUGAUUACAAUACAAUAUUUAAAGUAAUAUUUACUUACUACAGUAUAUAAGUUUACUUUGCGCCGCCCGUCGCGGCUCUCCGUUACAAUACACACUUGUAUUAAUUUCAUUAAAUGUAAUUAAUUGGAAGCGGCGACCGCGACCGAGCCACAUACUAAGAAAUGUUACGAUUGUAAGACUAUUAUCUAGAUUUGUUGUAAUCAUGUAAUAUGUAACUAUUAUACUAAGCCGUAACGGAUACGGAGCGCGCGGGGCCGGAGAGAGUCGGCCGCGGACUCACUGGCGUGAGGCGCAACCGACCCUCCCCGCGAUCCCCCGCGGCUCUCUUAAUAUAAAAAGGAAAAUUAUGAUAUACUUGCACGUGAGUCCUUGUUUUCAUUAUUUAAUGAUUACCUAAUGAUAAUUAGUUAAUUACGGUUUUAAUUAUUAAUUUUAACCGAUGCACUAAGCCGGCAAAGCUUGUAUGCAGAAAAUAUAUUAAUGUGUAACGUUAAACGAUGUGCUAUCACACGAAAUAAAAUUGAAUCAUAUUAAAAUUGAAAUUACGCAUUAAUCAUAUUAGGUAUUUUGGGUAAUAUAUUAGUGUUAGUUGUAACUGGUAACAUAAGUAUGUAGUUUGUAAUGUAAUGAAAAAAAAAUACAGUUUGUCGUAGUUUUCUAUUAUUAAGCUUCUUCUAUCUUAUAAGUAAUACUACAGGUUGAUUAAUUGAAAUAUUAAUAUUACCACUUGCAAAUAUUUGAGAUAACUUAUGAUGAAAUAUAUAUCUACUUUAAGGACAUUAUAAAACGUAGAUAAUUAAAAGAAAUCAAAAAUUUCAAAAUA